AUGUCCUGUGAUAAACAGCAGGCACCGCCUCCUGAAAAGCAACUUCACCGUGGCCUAAAACCGCGUCACCUUAGCAUGAUUGCCUUGGGAGGUGCUAUAGGGAGCGGCCUGAUUAUUGGCAGCGGUCAGGGUCUGGCAGCAUACGGCCCGGCGUCGCUACUCAUUGGAUAUUCCAUCACUGGCCUGCUCUGUUUCAUUGUCAUCACAGCUCUCGGCGAGAUGGCCACAUGGCUACCUCUGGGCACAGGUUUCUCGGGAUAUGCCAGCCGCUUCGUAGAUCCAAGUUUGGGGUUUGCCUUGGGAUGGUCAUAUGCGUUCAAAUACUUCUUCGCUUCAGCUAAUCAACUGACAUCUCUGGCCCUCGUUCUUCAGUUUUGGGUAGAUCGCGGCCGCGUGAAUCCUGGUGUAUUUAUUCUCAUCUUCUGGCUUGUUGUUGUGACGGUCAACUAUCUGGGAGUCCAUGUCCUAGGAGAGGUGGAAUUUUGGCUAUCCGCUACUAAACUCAUCAUUCUCCUAGGCUUUAUUAUCUUGGGAAUUGUUCUUGCUGCUGGCGGAGGUCCUAAUGGGCAUGCUACAGGCUUCGAGUACUGGUCAAAUCCUGGAGCCAUUAAGCCUUAUAUUGCCGACGGUGCAACAGGCAAGUUUCUCUCGAUCUGGGCUGCUCUCAACUCCGGUAUUUUUGCCUAUAUAGGCACCGAGAUGGUCGGAGUUACCGUAGGCGAGGCCAAGAACCCGCGACAGGCUAUCCCUAGGGCGAUACGUAUGACAUUUUGGAGAAUAUUGUUUUUCUACAUCGCCAACAUCUUUCUUAUCGGCAUGCUGGUGCCAUUCAACUCUCCCCAGUUGAGUUUUGCACAGAAAGCUACUCACAGUGCGGCGGCAUCUCCCUUCGUUGUCGCUGUCCAGGUUGCUGGUAUUAAGGUGCUUCCUGGAAUCAUCAAUGCAGCAGUGAUGGUGUUCAGCCUCUCAGCCGCCGUCACCGACGUAUAUGUUGCAUCUCGCACAUUAUAUAGCCUUGCUAUUCAGAACCAAGCCCCAGAUUUUCUCGCGCGGACAAACAAGAGAAGAACUCCCAUCUGGGCGUUCACAGUCGCAGCUUCAAUGGCACUGCUGGCGUUUAUGAAUGUUUCAGACGAGUCGACUAAAGUAUUCGGAUACUUUGUGGACCUCACUACGACUUUUGGCCUGCUUACAUGGAUUACUAUUCUGAUCAGCCACAUUCAAUUUGUCAGGGCACGAAAGGCACAAGAAAUCACUGAUUCGUCUUUGCACUACCGGGCACCUUUCGGCGCUUUUGGUUCCAUAAUCGCAUUAUUCUUCUGCAUUCUCAUUGUCCUCACCAAGAAUUUUUCAGUCUUCACCCAUGGGUCAUGGGGUAAUUUUGACUACCGAAAUUUCCUCACCGGUUACCUUGGCGUUGUCGUCUAUAUCUGUUUGAUAAUUGGAUGGAAGUUUUGGAAUAGAACCGAAUUCGUCAGCCCGCUUGAAGCUGAUAUUUGGACUGGCAAAGCAGAAAUAGACCAAAAUGAAGCUGAAUUCCUUGAAAUUCAGGCUCCAAAGACAGUGAUGAUUAAUACGAAGCUGCGCUGGUUGUACCAUUAUAGUAUUGGUCGUAUCUUGUGA